UCCCCAGCCGGGCAGGCAGCUCCCCCCUCGCCAGUGCCAGCGAUGAGCGGCUCUUUCGAUAAGAAGCUUUCCAGCAUCCUCACGGACCUGUCGGGCUCGCUGAGCUGCCAUGCCGCCUCCAAGGACUCGCCCACCUUACCGGAGUCCUCCGUCACCGAUUUGGGCUACUACACCAGCCAGCACGACUACUACCCGGGCCAGUCCUACAGUCAGCCCGUGAGCCACUACCCCUACCACCAGUUCAACCUCAACGGCAUUGGCGCCGCCGGCACCUACUCGCCCAAAUCCGACUAUUCCUACAGCCCUUCCUACCGCCAGUACGGCCACUUCAGGGACCAGCAGCUCCCGGCGCAAGAAGCAGUGUCGGUGAAGGAGGAGCCGGAGCCGGAGGUGCGGAUGGUCAACGGGAAACCCAAGAAGAUCCGCAAGCCCCGCACCAUCUACUCCAGUUACCAACUGGCUGCCCUGCAACGCCGAUUCCAGAAAGCCCAGUACCUGGCGCUGCCCGAGCGGGCUGAACUGGCCGCCCAGCUGGGGCUCACCCAGACCCAGGUGAAGAUCUGGUUCCAGAACCGCCGCUCCAAGUUCAAGAAGCUGUACAAGAACGGCGAGGUGCCGCUGGAGCACAGCCCCAACAACAGCGACUCCAUGGCCUGCAACUCGCCCCCCUCCCCGGCCGUCUGGGACAGUAACUCGCACGGCAGCGCGCCGGGCCGGACCCCGCUCCCGCAGCCGCUCCCCUACAGCUCCUCGCCCGGAUUUCUGGAGGAGCACAACCCCUGGUACCACCCGCAGCCCCUCGGCGGACCCCACGGACCCCACCAGGCACAGCCGGCCACCACGAUGCACCACACCUCCCCGGGGCCCCCCAACGCCGGCGCCGUCUACUAACAGGGAGAGCCAGGGCUGAGAGACAGUGGCAGAACUCCUUUGCCUCCUUUUUUCCCCCUC